GGCAUCCCCGAGCCAUUCCGCAAUGGCGUCUCUGUCGAGAAAUACUUACGGUUGAUUUUUCGUAAAAGUUUGAAAGUAUUCUCAUGAUUUGCGCCCGCUAUAAAGGAAGGGUUCUUUCUGAGUGGGUAGCUGUCAGCUAGGUAAUAACAACAAGGCUUUUGCACUUGCUGGCUCUGCAAGUUAUGUGAUCCAAUAUGGCAGCCGUUGCUAAGCGACGGAGUGUCUUCAUCUCCAACAUUCCACUGGCGUCUUCGGUAGAAACACUGGAAGGAUUUCUUCAGCAAGAGCUUGAGUCAAGUGGGCACGACAGAGGCCACCUUCUGAAAGUCAUCUACCCAGUGAGUUCCUCAAAACCACGACAGGCACUGGCAACGUUUCAAGAUGAAAAAGCCAUGGUUACCUUGAUGCGGAAGAGACUUCGUUUUGAAGGAGAGCACCUGACAAUGCAACCAUUCCUGUCACAAGUUUUCACAUCCAUGAAGGCCGUCAUCAAUCCAGAUGUCACGGAACUCUUUCCCUUCAACUCCCAAGACUUCUCCCGACUCCUUGAGAAGCAGUCUGGAGUGGAGUGUGGUACAGUGGACGAGCAAGACAGAUAUGGAGGACAGCCGGAACAGUUGUAUGUGCUCACUGGGACCUGGUACCAGUUACAGAACGCCCGCAAGUUCUUGCAAGAAUGGAUGGUUGAUGAAACCAACAGGCCACGGCUUAAUGAGGAACAUCUGAGAGACAAAGACCAGAGAACAGUGGACGUUACUUCCCCAUCAGCUGUUAAUGGAUCCCAAAGGAGUCCACAUGAAGAAACAAGAGGCCUCGCUAAUGAAGGCAACGAUUCUGAGAGACUAAGGCUUACAGAAGACACUGUCCCCAGACACAACUUAGAAGGCGAUCCCACUGCCCCAGUAGCUGGUGAAUCUGUGGAGAGUGGCAGAGGUGGGAGACGUGGUGCAAGAAAAGCCCCUAAAGAUGGCACCAAAACCAAAUUGGAAGGAAGGAAUGUAAAAGUUGCAGCUUCAUUUAAAGGACCAUCAAAUAGGAUCAGUCUGGGAGUUGAUGGUGAAAGUGUUGCAUCAUUAAGUCAUCACCAUCCAAACUCCUCACUAGAUGUGACACCUCAGGACAACUCUGCUUCUGUAGGCUCUGUGCAUCACCUAGAGCCUUCUGAAUCUCCUGACCCUACGACUCAAAUCACAGAAGAGGUUCAGAGUAGAGAAGAUGACUUCAUGCGUCUCCCAGCCAGCCAAGAAAUUUCAACUGACCCAACAAUGCACAGAAAUGCUGAUGUGAGCACACCUCCUCCAUCAGACGGAGACUCUCGGACACCAGAAGACAUUUCUGGGAGAGCUUUUUCAACUAUGUCCUCUGAGAGAAGUGAGGAUAGGCUUACUGUUGGCUCCAGUCUUGAUUACAUGAGGCAUGUUAAGGUCCCACAAACCCCAUUGGCAAGCGUGGACUCGGAGAAUGGUGGACGGGAACAAUUUGAAGCAGACUCAGUCCAUGAUGACAAUGACACCUUGUCACCUAGGGAUGAUUUGGAGAGGGAGUCUACCACGUCUCCUCAAUCAGGUGCUACCAUCACUGAUGGUAGAGCCAUUGAUGGUGAUAAUGAAGAGUUUGUGGAAGGUAUGGGAUCCCUGCCAGUUGACCCCGGAGUCUUCAGUUACAUCUUACUUAAACAGAGCGACCCCAUCCGUGAAAUUGAGGAGAAGUUUGGAGUCAAGUUCUCCAUGCAUGCAACCAGAGAUAGUGACGACACUGAUGUUGAAAGUGCCCUGCUGAAGAUAACACCAACCAGAGAAACUGCUGAGAUCGCGCAGGCCCAUGACGAGUUCGUGGACUUUUACUCUGAGAUAUUCUCUACACUGAACCACCGGGCCAUCACAACAACAGAUAUGACAUUCAAUCCCGAAUCCCUUAGGAAAACAGUUGACCUGAUCCACGAGCUAUACCAAACUGUUUUACUCACUGUGACAAAGGAGAAAGUUCUCAUUUACGGAUCAAAUGAGAGUGAUGUUCGUCUGGCAAAAAUGUUGGUACUUGAGUCAUUGAAGAAGACCCCAGUGGAUUCGUCAGGUCUGCACACCAGUGGAGGUAUCGGGUCUGCAGUGGAUUCAUCAGGUCUGCAGGGUCAGUCCGGAGUUAGUGGACAGAAUACAGAGCAGUCUUUUGCUAGUGGGAGGGUUGAAUCACCAUCUGCUCAGCCAGCUCCGGAAGUCAGGCAAGAUGAGAACACCACUGAGGUAGAUAGACCAGGAGAGUAUUCUCAACUCAGAGGCGAUGGUUCCAAUGAAGUUGAUGGUACUCUUCAGACACAGCUUCGUACCCCUGGAAAUGAGCCAGUGUUUCCUCUUACAGAUCGGCUUCAUUCAGAUCCUUCAGAUCUUGAAGUAGAUGGUGCUCCACAGACCCAACUGGAGGGUAGACUCACUGGACCAACUGCACGGGUUGAAGACGAAGCAGUGGAUUACCAACACAUUGGAGGCCCCAGAAGAAUUCUCAAUUCUAGCACUGCUUCAGAAGCUGAGCCUGCAGCAUCACCUUCUGGGAGAGAAGCUGGCGCUGAGGUAACAGGGGAAGCCAACGAAGUCACAGAGCCAGACAGACGAAAUCUUGUGGAAGACAUAAGCAAUAUGGCAAAUGUAAUACCUGUAGAUCCAGGCGUGUUUGCUUUUAUUCAGACACAGAAGCACACUAUUCUGUGUGACAUCGAGCAAAACUACGGCAUCAAGUUCAAUGUGAGAGGGAAUCUGGACAGCGACGUGUACAUGGUUGAAGUGGAAUCAGUGGGAGCUGUCUCCGAGACGGCUGCUCAGCAGGGAAAAGAUGCAUUUGCAAAUUUCUACCAAGAGGUGUUUAGUGGUCUAGAGCACCGUGUUGUAAGCUUGGCAGAGUUUGAAAAUGUAACAAGUAACACUCUGGCAGAGAUCAUUGAAGAAAUGGAGCACUCUUUCCGUGACCUCUUGUUCAGAGUUGUGGGCUCCAGAGUGUUGAUUUAUGGCCAGGGUCGUCACAAUGUCAACUCUGCCAAAGAUUUGAUAUGUAGGCGGCUGCGUGGAAGCCUCUCUCGGCCUGAGUCGACGUCACAGUUUGUUGAUGAUGAUGUAGACCUCGAAAGUCUAAGUAGUGACAGCAUGGUGAAUCGACUCUAUCACCUGAGAUUCAGCUCUCUCAGUCCCGUAUCUCCCAGAGCUGGACAAAAAUUUGCCCUGACACAGAAUAUAGAUACUCUGGGUGUGAAUGGGCUACCUGAUGCAGAAAGAGAAGAUCCAAAUAGCCAGGAUCACUUGCUUAGUGAAGAGAAUGAUCUUGGUCAUCUGCCCUCCCAGAAUCCCUUACCUUCUGUGGUUGAGCAGCAACACACAGAAAGGAAUGAACAUUUAAAGACGCUGAAUGGAUACAGCAGGUUAUUAGAAGAUCCCAGUGAUAUCCAGUCUGCGAGAGUCAGGACAAAACCAGAUGCAAAGCAUCGUGUCCAAAAUGAUGAUCCUACCCAAAUGAGAGAUGCUGAAGUUUGGAAGGGAACCCUUGGAGACGUCACUUACAAGUUUCAAGAUGGCCGUUUGAUUCUUGACCUCAAUUCUGGCAUCUGCGUCCGGCUCUUCUGUGGGGAUAUCACCGAGAUGCAAGUUGAUGUAAUUGUGAACGCUGCAAAUGAGACCUUGUCAAAUAUAGCUGGUGUUGCUGGGGCCAUACGUGAUGCUGCCGGAGAAGGCAUGCAAGCAGAAUGCAACAGGUACGUUGCCCAUCAUGGCCUGCUGUACCCAGCCAAAGUUGUUCACACAGGCUCAGGGAACAUGCCUUGUACCUUUGUGCUGCAUGCCGUGGGGCCAAAGUGGGGAGACUACCCAAACAAGCUGCAGGUCCGUCAAACCCUGAAAGCCACAAUUGUGAAGUGUCUUCGGACUGCAGACGAGAAGCUUCAAGUGUCAUCCUUAGCCAUGCCAUUCAUCAGCUCAGGUAUUUUUGGAGUACCUUUGGAAGUGUGCAUUGAAGAGAUCUGCAAGGCUUUGCUGGAUGUUAACCGAAAGCGACUGACUUCCCCUCAUGGUAUCCUUCAAAAAGUGGACAUUGUAGACUUAGACAGCGGGACUGUUAGGCAGGCGCAGGACAUCAUGAUUCAAACACUUUGUCAGGAAGCAAGUGCCAGCUCUGAGGCUGUUCAAGGACAAGAUGAUACAGACAUGAGAGAGACUUUGUUGGAGCCCGGGAAUAACGUAGAAGGAGAUUAUGAAAGGAACCUAACUAUUCCAGCGGCAAAUGAAGAUGGGGUGAGUAGGAGGGGGAGAAGCCAUAAGCAACGGGAGGCUUCUGCAAGGAUGUCAAGGUCGCAGAGAGAGAGCGUUUCCUCCGACGAAGACCUACCUCAUGGAAACGUAGAGUAUAAAAGGAUGGAUGACUAUAGCCUUCCUUCCAGUCUGCCACCCAUGGUUCGUAGUACAUCACUACCUUACCUGCCUAGGGAUGAUAUGGAUGAUGCAGGAGAGGGUCGCUGGGCUUACAGAACAUCGGGCUUGUAUACAUCACCAGGUAGGGAGCUGAAAGAGUAUCCAUCACGUGGGAGGAAACCUCGUCUGACUGGAGAGAGAGGUCAAGAGCAAGCACCCAGUACCAGAAAUAUCCCAAAUGCUUCACCUAAGGAAACCAGACAGGAGAAGCAAGUCAGAGAGCUCCUUGAUGCCUUCUCAAGAGCCCCACCCUCCCCUGAACUAUCAAGAAAAACUGAGGGUGAGCUCAAUCGCCUGUUGUCGGAACAAGAUAAAGGGGCCAGGCAGAAGCAGCUACAGAGGCCAGUAAGACGCACCCAGAGCCUAGACAGGUCGCGUCCACGUCAAAAGUGCUUUGUCUGCUCCUCACCAAGAAAUCUGUCCAAACGAAAGUCCUGUGAGCACCUCAUCUGUGAGAUAUGCAAGGAUGCGCGCCUGGAUGUUGGCAGGUGCAGAGAAUGCAGCAAGGCAAAAACCAGAAAGGAGCCAGAGAAAAGAUGCGAUGUGUGUCUCUCCUCCACCAAACACUUGCUUCUGACCUGCAGGGAUUGCGAGAAUCCCCUUUGUGUAAAGUGCAUAGGGAAAGGGCUGGACAUCUGCCAGAACUGCAUGAAACAUAUGCACUCUACGCCUGAUGGGCAUGCUGAGAAGAAACCACCUAAAGUCAGGCAGCCGAUUGUCGGAGCUCGAGCCUCUCGUAUUGACACCAAAAACGACUACCGCAUUAAGACAAGUGUUGUUAAAGACUCAACAAGCACACGGAGAAAACCCAUGCUUGGCUGCAACCAAUCAGUGGAUGUUGUCGCACAAGGUUAUGCCAGGGCUGGUGGAGUCAAUGGAAUGUCCAUCUCGAACUCGACGUACCCCAGGAACUCGGCAUUCUCCAAGGAAUUGGUGGCCGAGGAAGCUCCUCAUGAGGAGAUCCUAAGACGUCUCUCAAGAGAGCAGGAAACAAAACGGCAGAUUUUCCCAAAAGAUACUGCAACGGUCACCAGUCGAUCAUCCGUCACCGACAGCUCACAGACAGUACGCAGACAUUCAAGAAAGAAGGCAAGUAAAACGGAUGAGCUUCAAGUCAUCGGUCAAAGCUCACCUCCUGUUUUGAGACCGCAGGAGCCAAUGUGUGCCAUCUGCAUGGACAAGAUCAAGGACCCAAAGUCUCUCCAGUGUAAACAUACAUUCUGUUCCUCUUGCAUUGAAAAGGCAUUCCAGUUCAAGCCAAUCUGUCCCAUCUGCGGUGUGAGUUAUGGCAAGUUACAAGGUGACCAGCCAGACGGCAGCAUGAACUACACUACAGUUUCCUCAGAUCUUCCCGGAUACCCAGGCUGUGGAACUAUUAUCAUUACUUACACAUUUCUGAACGGAAUCCAAACUGAUGAACACCCUAACCCAGGGCUGCAGUACCGAGGGACCCAACGCCAGGCCUACCUACCAAACAACAGGCAAGGCCAAGAGGUACUCAAGCUAUUGAAGACGGCCUUCGAUGCCCGACUUUUGUUCACCAUUGGUCGAUCAGUCACAACUGGCGCAGAUAACACGGUCGUGUGGAACGACGUGCAUCACAAGACAAGUCAAACGGGCGGGUCGGAAAUGCAUGGCUAUCCAGAUCCAACAUAUCUUCAGAGGGUUCGAAAAGAGCUGGAGGCAAAAGGCAUCAAGUAGAGGAAGAAAAUGUGUCACAAAGACGUGAUGCCAUCAUCCCUGUUGUAGCCAGAGGAUGGAAGUUUUUUUGUGCAAAUUAAUUUUUUUUGCAGCUUUUUAGAGGGCCACAGAAAGAGAAAUAUGAACCAUAUAAGAUUGUAUCAUACUUUGUACAUGUAUCUCAUCAACUUUCUUUGUUAAUAUUUUUGAAUUACACUUGUAUUCAUAAAUACCUGAGACAGUUUACUAUUCCCAUUGGUUGAGAGCCUGUCAUGUGGGUGGAUUGAAACUGCUUACACCACCUGGCUUUAAAGACUUAAUUCCUGCAGCGCUGUUUUUAGCACUACGCGUGCGAGGCACAUACCAUAGACAUGGCCAGAGUGGUGUUUCACAAAAGUAAGGUUGUUAAAAAAAAUCGUGAGUUUGUACAAAAGCGCUACUGUAAUGAAAUUGUAAUUAAUACAGAUGUUGGAUUGUCUCUUUUAUUUUUUUAAGCAAUGUGGACACAGUUAUAGUGUCAUGAUGGCCCCCAUUAAUGGCAGAGAGGUUAUGAAACAGUUUUGCUUAACUCAUAUAGUAAUAUGCAUUGUAAAGUUCAUGUUCCCUCCUUGAGUGCGUGGAAAAAAGUUGAAGUAGGCAUUUGAUAAAUUCAGAAUACACAGAGCCUUUAUAAAAAUGCACAAAAAUAUUAAAGUUUAAUGAGAUAAUUUUCUCAAGUCACUAUAAACAUUGGAUCAGGUGACGUCUAUUAAGAAAAAUUUAUUAUCAACCUUUUACAUAUUGCAUUUGUGAGAAAAAGAGGUUUUUUUUCUCUUUUUCUUCACGUUGCACAGAAUGCCAAAAUCACAUAUUUGGCAUUGUGUACAGCAAGUCAACACGUUAAUAUUGUGUUGCCAAUGUAUAUUCUCCGGACUUUUGACAGAUCACAAAACUAAGGCAUACACGUUCUUGCAAAUUGUUGAAAUUAUUUGCCUAGUAGCCAGCACAGGGCACUGGGAGCCCGUGAGCUGAUGGCAGUGUACAGGAUUGGUCUACAAAACUCGGAUCUUAUUCAAUAUUGCCAAAUUCUGUUGAGUACUUAAAGUAACUUUUGAGUUCUGAUAGUUUAUCUGUGAGUUUGUGUUGUGAUUCUGCAGUGUUGCGUGCAAAAGAUUGGAAAUUGUAAGUACAUGUACAAACAUAUCUUUACUUCUUUCGCCAUUAUUUUUCUCUGUCUUGCCUUUUGAUAAAAAAAAUAAAAUUCUACCAUGAACAGCCAAUGAAUUCUUUAAUUGCUACUUUGUCGAAUUUAAACCUUUCCAAUUGAAAUUUUAACAUUCAUGAGCAAAACUUUGAUGUCAUCAGAGAAGCUUCAUUAUCAUUAUCAGCUUUGCUGUGGUCACUUUCGUCUUUGGUUACUAUGGCAGUGUGUCAUUUUUAUUUACAAAGUGCUACAAAAUAACACUAAAAGUCAUAAUCUAUACAGAAGUUCCUUGAACUGUAAAAAAAUUGGAGAAUAUGGCGACUGCUCCAGUGAACAUGACAUAACAAGCUUCAAAUUUUCAAACAUUUUUUCUUCUGUUUUUUUUAAAUAACCUCAUUGUAAAUAUACAAAUCUAAAUUCUGAUGUAUAGUAUUUUAUUGUAGAUUAUAUUUUUGUUGAGCGUGCUGCAAGUAAAUAUUGGCUGAUGAUUGCAGUGUGGUUUAAAAAGACACAAGUUUUUCCCUAAAUAAAGUUUACAAGAGUGUCUGGAAGGUA